AAGUGAGAAGUUUACCGAUUAUUGUCCGCUCAAAGUGAAAUGGCUAGUCUUCAUUUUUCGUAAAUCAGUUCAAAAAAUUACACGUAGGAUAAAUUUUCUUUAAAUUUUUCAAGCAAUUUUAUCACCAUGUACUCUCGACUCUUUAUCCUUUCGUUUCUACUUAGUAGUUUAAUCAACGUUUAUGGUAGUGAAUCCGAUGUCUUUCAACUUACUGACGAUGAUUUCGAAUCCAGCAUCUCGGAAUUCGACACCGCUUUAGUGAUGUUCUACGCACCAUGGUGCGGACAUUGCAAACGAUUGAAGCCGGAUUUCGAAAAAGCCGCAUCCAUUUUAAACAAAAAUGAUCCACCUAUCUAUUUAGUAAAGGUCGACUGUACCGAAUCGGGAAAAUCUACGUGUAGUAAUUUCGAUGUAUCCGGUUAUCCUACGUUGAAAAUAUUCCGAUUAGGAAAAGUGGUGAAGGAAUACAACGGGCCUAGAAAUGCCGAUGGCAUCGUUAAGUACAUGAAAUCUCAAGUUGGCCCAGGAUCCAAGAAGCUUUCAUCUUUAUUAGACUUCACCAAAUGGUUUGCCAAAGAAGAAGUCACUGUUGUAGGAUUCUUCAAAAAAGAUUCUGAUCUCAAAAAAGCAUUCUUGAACGUGGCCGAUAAACUUAGAGAAAAAGUUAGUUUUGCUCAUACCGAAGAAGACGAAGUGCUCAACGAUCAAAAAGUCGAAUCGGAAGCUGUGAAAUUAUUCCGCCCCAAAGUUUUCAGUAAUAAGUUCGAAUCGAACGUGAUCGAUUAUUCCGGCGGUAGUGCUCAAUUUGAUUUAGAAAACUUCAUUAAAGAAAAUUAUCAUGGUUUAGUGGGCCACAGAACUACUGAUAACGCCGGAGAUUUCAAAUCCCCCUUGGUUGUUGCUUAUUACGGUGUCGAUUACGUUAAAAAUCCCAAAGGUACCAAUUACUGGAGAAACAGAAUUUUGAAAGUAGCCAAAAACUACCAAGGUAAAUACAACUUUGCCAUCAGCGCUAAAGACGAUUUCCAACACGAAUUGAACGAUUUCGGAUUUGAUUACGUCGCAUCGGACAAACCAUUGGUCACCGUUAAAGAUGAUAAGCAAAAAUACGUCAUGAAAGAUGAAUUCUCAAUCGAAGCAUUCGAAAAAUUCAUGAACGACUUGGCUGCUGGAAACCUGACUCCGUAUUUGAAAUCUGAAGACAUUCCAGCUGAUAACUCAGCCCCAGUCAAAGUAGCCGUUGCUAAGAAUUUCGACGACGUUGUCACUGAUAAUGGAAAAGAUACCUUAGUUGAAUUCUACGCUCCAUGGUGCGGACACUGCAAAAAGCUGACGCCUAUUUACGAUGAAUUGGCUGAAAAAUUGAAAAAUGAAAACGUAGCCAUCGUAAAAAUGGAUGCUACCGCCAACGAUGUACCGGCUGGAUUCGACGUACGUGGUUUCCCAACGCUUUACUGGCUACCAAAGGAUAACAAGAGCAAACCAGUCCGAUACGAAGGUGGCCGAGAACUGGAAGAUUUCAUCAAAUACAUCGCUAGCCGUGCCACCGACGAAUUGAAAGGUUACGAUCGUAAUGGUAAACCCAAAGCAGCUAGUGAUAAAGAUGAAUUGUAAAUCAUUCGUAAUACUGAUCCAAUUAGCAUGUGAUAUAUUUGAAAAUAAUACUAUUAAUACGAACAAUGGUCGUAUUCUUAACGUGAUUACAUACUUAAGUCUGAUUGUUGUAAAGAUCGAUGUAGUGAAAGAGUUUUAUGGAAUCGGUAAAAAAAAAUUAUUCGUGACAUGUGUUUAAUAUCCCUAAUCGCUAUACAUAAUGCUUAAACACCCUUAGUUGUGCAUUUUUUCUCAAUUUCACAAUGGUUUUAUAGAAUUUUAUUUUUAUACGAAAGAAGUAAGUUAAAACGUAACUGUUACUUCGAUCUUCCUUUUGUAAAUUAUUUUAAAUUUGUUAAAUUUCUAUUUGCCAAUCAUUUUAAACGUUAAGUUUUCAAAUAAUGUAGAUGUAAGAUCAACGAAUAAUUUUUUCCUCCUUUUUAUUACUUAUCCUCCUUUUUUUUAUCGUAUUUGUAAUUAGGAUUUAUGUUUUUAUCGGGAUUAUUUCGCGACUUAUUUUACGCAUUUAUUUUUUUCCUACUUUUUUAAGCGUUAAAAAAGGCUUAUUGGAUAAUUUUACUUUUAGUCUCGUGUGAAUAUGGUGCAUUUGUUAUGUAAAAGUUCGUGGUACCGUGUACUCUUUUUUUUUUCUUUCUUUCAAGAAUUACCGAUAAUUAUUGUGGUUGAUACUAUAAUAAAAUUAUGUUCACGAAA